AUGAUACAACAAGACCGGGCCCACCGAACAGUGGGGGUGCACCCGAUGUUCCGAAGACAGGACCUUCUGUUACGCGAGCUACGGAAGGAUUAUCGUAGCAUGAAAGAAGAUUUAAAGAUUGCAACAACCGGUCUUCACAAGAAGAAUGAAAAGCGAAUGAAGGCAGACCUGCAGCGCUCUUUAUUGUUAAGAGAGAAGACAGAACAACAGUGUCACGGUCGUAUAGUCCUUAUGGAGCAGCUGGAAGGCCUGCUGCAGCGCGAUCACAAGAACUUGCUGGAAUUGCAAAGUCGCGUCAACGCUUCUAUGGGCAAGUUGAAAGAAAGAGCUGAACAAGGAGAGUCUCGCCUAGUUGCCACAGAGAACAAACUGGAGACAGCCAACCGCCGCUUCAAUGCUGUACAGCAUGAGAAUAAGCAGAUACGAGAGCAGAUCGAGCAUAUGCUUAAAGACAGAGCCAUCUUUAACCAGAACUGGUCCAAGAUGAUGGCAGCUCUCUGCAAAGGCAAGAAGUUCCUCACAGACCUGUUCGAGUCCUCAUCAGUGGCAUACGAUCAGCGGGACGAAUGGUGCACCAAACUCAGGUCUUUGACGGAGAAAGGACGCGUAGACCAGACGAUUCAAGUGCAGGAAAUGCGAGACCUCCAAAAAGCGUACGACCACGAGAUGAAAACGUACAAGUUCCUGGCCGCGAAGGGGGUGAUGAGAGUGAACGAGAGCGUGGACAUAAAGCAGGAAGAGAUGCAGAGGAAGAAGGAAGAACAGUGGCAGGAGGAGUUGGAUUACCACACCAAUCUGCUCAAGGAUAUUGAGAAUUACACCGAAGAAACAAACGCGCAGAGGAUAAUAGAAGCGUUCGAGAAGACAGAACAAGAAAACUUCUCCGUCUACAAACUGCUCACAUUCUUCUGCGCGGAGAAUAUCGUUCUGAGCAAGGAGCUGGGCAAAAUACGACGGGAAAUCGCUGAUCGUGAAGACUUCAACGAGUCUGUGGAAGUGAAACAGAGAGAGAACCUGGAACAACUGACACGGAAGCUAGGAGAGGUGAAGAGCAGGACGGAAACACUGCGAGCGAAGGAGAGGGAAAAAAAUAAGCUGCUGGAGACUAAUAUAGAUAAAAUCAGCGACAUUUUUAGAAUGUUGGACCUGUCCCUGGAGCCGUUCCAGAACCUUCUAGGAGACAAGCAGCCAUCUUUGAACCAGCUGGGUCUGACGCUUUGUCUCAUCAAUGACAAGACUAAGGAGCUUAUAGAGACUGCUUAUUAUUUGGAGCGCAAGGCCAGUAAGAGAAGCCUAAGCACGCGUAAGAAAUACACAGUGCAGCAGCCGCAUAUGAAGGAACUUACUCCUCUACCAAUGAACUUACUGGUACCAGCUGAUCCUUGCCCCGCGUGCACCGAAGCCCGUUGGUUCUCCCGCAUCUCUGAAGCCCUGGAGGCCCCUCUUUCUCGAGACGGCGCGAUUUUGGCACUGAAUGCUCUCGCUGCCGAACCGGCCUACGAGCGAAGUGAUCGCAUACACCAACUGCAAGACUGCCGCUUGCCAGCCAGCCGUAUUGUUCUGGCCAAACGUUACUUAUAAUUGUAUA